AGUGCCACGUGACGAAGCAGUGGGGGCCUUUCCCAGCUUGUCCUUCAUAAGCGGGCCGCGUGAGUAUCGGACGACAGAAGCAGUCCUUUUGAAGAGCAGGCUAGUAGCAGCUACACGGAUUAACUCUGAGAGAACAAACAACAAUCGUCAACAUGGCUCGGAUCAGCUUCUUUACGCUCGCGAUUUUCGCGCUUGUUGGCUGCGUGUACUGUGCUUCGACGCGUGAGACGGACUGCCAGCGUCGUCGUCGGACGGAGCAGGGCGCCACCAGGAACCUGACUGGACUCCUGGUCCCCGAGUGUGAUGAGCACGGAAACUACAAGGCCAUCCAGUGCUUCGGUGAAACGGUCCGUGGAGGAAGGCCCUUCUGCGCAUGCUACGACAACGAGUUUGGUCAGAUCAAGGGCCCCUCGAGGAACCUGAGGUCGUGCAACUGCAUUAGGGACCACCACGAGUGGGAGCGUAGAUCACGUUCUCAGCAGGGACCGGAGCCACGAUGCGACGCCACCUCCGGAGAAUACAACCCUCUGCAGUGCGACGUUAGCUCGCACUGGUGCGUCGAAACGGACUCCGGCCGGCAGCUGGGUGAAAGGCAACCUGGUGGAUGUUCUGAAAACCUGUUUUCCACCAGCUGCGGUGUCGGCGGAACGCACCGUGGUCACGACGGUGACCACAGCGGAUCUCACGGCGACCAUCACAGAGGCUCUUCCCACCAUGGUACAUCAUCCCACGACGACCGCACUUCCCAACGCAGUGGCACCUCUGGUACUCGCGGCACCUCUGGGUCUUCCGGCCACGAUGAUUCCAGUCGCCAGAGCUCCGGGUCCUCCCGUGGCAGCUCCGGAUCUUCUAGUCACAACGAUGAUAGCCACCAGGGCAGCUCCAGUUCGUCCCAACGUGGAAGCUCUGGCCACUCAAGCAGUGACUCGAGUCAUAACUGAAUCCCUGAAACGAGUCGCGCAUAAUUUUCGAAACCAAGAACAAAAAGAACAGCUCAUUACUGCCACAUGGUAAUAUACGAUUUAGCAGAAAGCAUGUCGUUUGUAAUAAACCAAAGAAACUGA